GAGCCUCGGACAAUGGGGCCGCGGCGGCUGCUGCUCGUGGCCGCGGGCCUGAGUCUGUGCGGCCCCCUGCUGUCGGCCGGCACCCGGGGCCGCAGGCCAGGGUCAAGAGCAACCAAUGCUACUGUGGACCCCCGGUCCUUUUUCCUCAGGAAUUCCCAUGAUCAGUUUGAACCGUUCCCACUGUCGGGGGAGUCCGAGGAGAAAAACGAAAGCGGGUUAACUGAAGACAGGUUCAGCUCCAUCGACAAAAGCAGUGCUCUUCAAAAACCGCCCCCGGGGUUCGUCUCCAAAGAUGCCUCGGGAUACCUGACAAGCACCUGGAUGACCCUCUUUAUCCCCUCCGUCUACACUGGCGUGUUUGUGGUAAGCCUGCCUCUCAACAUCAUGGCCAUCGUCGUGUUCAUCCUGAAGAUGAAGGUCAAGAAGCCUGCCGUGGUGUACAUGUUACACCUGGCCACGGCGGACGUGCUCUUUGUGUCUGUGCUCCCGUUUAAGGUCAGCUAUUACUUUUCCGGGAGCGAUUGGAAAUUUGGAUCUGAAAUGUGUCGCUUCGUCACGGCCGCCUUUUACUGUAACAUGUAUGCCUCCAUCAUGCUCAUGACAGUCAUCAGCAUCGACCGGUUUCUGGCAGUGGUGUACCCCAUCCGGUCCCUCUCCUGGCGUACGCUGGGAAGGGCGUCCGUCACGUGUCUGGCCAUCUGGGCUCUGGCCAUCGCGGGGGUGGUGCCUCUCCUCCUGCAGGAGCAGACCACCCGGGUCCCGGGGCUCAACAUAACCACCUGUCAUGACGUGCUCAACCAGACCCUGCUCGAAGGCUAUUAUGCCUAUUACUUCUCUGCCUUCUCUGCCGUCUUCUUUUUUGUGCCGUUGGUCGUUUCCACAGUCUGUUACGUGUCUAUCAUUCGAUGUCUUAGCUCUUCCGCAGUCGCCAACCGCAGCAAGAAGUCCCGGGCUCUGUUCUUGUCGGCUGCUGUUUUCUGCAUCUUCAUCAUUUGCUUCGGACCCACAAACGUCCUCCUGAUUGUGCACUACUCGUUCCUUUCUCCGGAUUCCACGACAGAGGCCGCCUACUUCGCUUACCUCCUCUGUGUCUGUGUCAGCAGCAUAAGCUGUUGCCUUGAUCCCUUGAUCUACUAUUACGCUUCCUCUGAGUGCCAGAGGCACCUCUACAGUAUCUUAUGCUGCAAAGAAAGUUCUGACCCCAGCAGUUAUAACAGCAGCGGUCAGUUGAUGGCAAGUAAAAUGGAUACCUGCUCUAGUAAUCUGAGCAACAGCAUAUACAAAAAGCUGUUAACUUAGGAAAAGGGACUGCCGGUGAGUUAAAAAGAAAAGGUUACAAAAGCAUGUAACCUGAGGAUUCUGUUAGUCAUUGCCAAAAAAGUAUUUACUUUACCAUCUAAAACAAGAAAUGUAUGAUUUGCAUGCCUCCUUCUUACAAGACCCUUAAGCAUACAUAUUUGUUCAUUACAGGAAAAGAUAACAGGAAUAGAAAACAGCAUUGUUCCAAGAGAGUGUUACCAAUGCUACAGUAAUAACUGGAUGUCACUUUUUGAUG